CGAAUUGUUUUGAGCGCUGCUAUUCACUCUGUCACCACAAUGCACUGCAUCUGAGCUCUGUGCCCAGCUGGGACGCGCCCAUGCCUCAGUCGAUUCUGUUUGGAGGCUGGUUUUAUUAAAAACACAUUUGGUUAGAGGGGAGGAGAAACACGAAACAAGAAACUAGAAGAAACAAGAAACACAGACACAGCGCUCACGAAACACACGGAGAAAACUUCAGGGACUUGAGAACCGAGAUUAAGGAACCAGUGAGGCUGCGUUGCCAUGGCGGAGGUGUUCUCCUCUGGGGUUGCGGCCCGCUUGCAGAUGCUGCGGGACCGGGAGGAUGGUUUGGGUCAGAACCACAAGGCUGUGAAGUACAUGAACCAGGACUUUGAGUUUCUGAGACAGAACUGCCUCCAGAACCGGGUCCUCUUCACUGACGACAUCUUCCCAGCGGACCUGCCCUCCCUGGGGUUCAAGGAGCUGGGGCCACACUCCUCCAAAACACAGGGGGUGCGCUGGAAACGACCCACCGAGAUCUGCUCGAACCCUCAGUUCAUUGUGGACGGAGCGACUCGCACAGACAUCUGCCAGGGAGCGCUGGGGGACUGCUGGCUGCUCGCUGCCAUCGGCUCCCUGACCCUGAAUGAGACGGUGCUGCAUCGCGUGGUUCCACACGGGCAGAGCUUCCAGGAGCAAUAUGCUGGCAUCUUCCACUUCCAGUUCUGGCAGUUUGGCGAGUGGGUGGACGUGGUGAUUGAUGACAGGCUGCCGGUGAAGGAUGGAAAGCUGCUGUUCGUUCACUCGUAUGAAAAGAACGAAUUCUGGAGCGCCCUGCUGGAGAAAGCGUACGCCAAGGGGGUCAGAGAUGUUUCUCCCCCUGACCUGUACAGCAUCAUCAACAAGGCACUGGAGAGGGGCUCCCUGCUGGGGUGCUCCAUUGACAUCACAAGCAACCUGGACAUGGGCCGUGACUUUCAAGAAGCUGGUGAAGGACAUGCCUACUCAGUGACCAGCCUGGAGAGUUCUGGGGUGUCCUACAGAGGGAUGCCCACCAAGCUGGUCCGAAUCAGGAAUCCCUGGGGAGAAGUGGAGUGGACUGGAGCCUGGAGCGACAGCUCAUCGGAGUGGAACUACGUGGACCCGGCUGUGCAGAGCAAGCUGAGAGUGAAGUGCGAGGACGGGGAGUUCUGGAUGUCCUUCAGUGAUUUCCUGCGGGAGUUCUCGCGGCUGGAGAUCUGCAACCUGACUCCCGACACUCUGAAGUCGGAGAAGAUCCGGAAGUGGAACACCUCCCUGUAUGAGGGGGCCUGGAGGAGGGGCAGCACUGCGGGGGGCUGCAGGAACUACCCCGCCACGUUCUGGAUCAAUCCACAGUUCAAGGUGUGUCUGCAGAACGCUCAGGACAAGGGGGCAGAGUCAGGCUGCAGCUUCCUGGUCUCGCUCAUGCAGAAGUAUCGCCGUCAGCAACGCAAAGAGGGGAAGGACAUGGAGACCAUCGGAUUCGCUGUGUACGAGUGUCGAGGUCAGUCUGGGGUUCAUCUCAAGCGUGAGUAUUUCCUGACGCACGGCUCCACGGCUCGCUCGGAGCUCUUUAUAAACCUGCGGGAGGUCAGCUCCCGAUUCACACUGCCUGCUGGGGAAUACAUCAUCGUACCCUCCACCUUUGAACCCCAGAAAGAGGGCGACUUUGUACUGAGAGUGUUCUCGGAGACCCACGCCGACUCAGAGGAGAUGGAUGAUAAGGUCACAGCUGAGCUCCAGGAUGAGAAAGAGUUGGAUGAGAGUCAGAUUGAUGCAGGCUUCAAGAAUCUCUUCAGACAGCUGGCUGGCGAGGACCUGGAGAUCAGUGGGGCGGAGCUGCAGACCAUUCUCAACAGGAUUAUCAACAAACAUAAAGACCUGAAGACAGACGGCUUCUCGAAGGACUCAUGCCGCAGUAUGAUCAACCUGAUGGACAAAGAUGGCAACGGCAAGCUGGGACUCACAGAGUUUCAUGUGCUGUGGGAAAAGAUCAAACGCUACCUGACGGUGUUCCGUAAGUUUGACCUGGAUAAGUCUGGAACCAUGAGCUCCUACGAGAUGCGCCUUGCACUGGAGUCUGCAGGUGAGUGUGUGUGCGUGUGUGUGUGUGUCUGUCUGUCUGUCUGUCCGCUCGGCAUCGCCGUGGUCCUGUCCGGAGAGAAGUGUCACAGAGUUCCUGUGGACGGGCUGUGUGGCUUCUUACAGCUCUGA